GCGUGCCCAGAACCCGCGACCUCAGAGGCAGCGUAGCCCGCGCGCUCAACGAUGCGUUCCCGUCUUCCUCUGGUGAUAUGUCUGUUGCUGCAGGCUGCUACGGCAGUCGACAGAGUUGAAGCCUCAGUGUCCUGCAAAGAUGAGAACAACAACGAUGUGGACUGGUUCAUCAUGUACAACGUGCCAAGGAUUCAAUUCGAAGAUGGUACAUGGACGAAAGGAGACGAAUUCGCCUACAUAGACUCACGGACGUUGUCGUCCGACGACCUCUGGACGCUUUCUUCGCAGAGCAUAGCGGACGUCUACAAUCCUCUCAGCUAUUCUGUGGCCCCGCUCUUCAGAAGAACCGCACGUUCACGGCGUGACCUCACUUCAGAAGGGCAAACAAGGGUGCGGCGAAGAGAGCGACGUUUUCUCGGUUCCCUGUUGGCGGCGAUCCCUCGACUGGGGGUCGCCUCUCAGGCUUUCAGGGCCGUCCCCGCAAUGGCCUCUCGGGUAAUCGUACCACGACCGGUAAUGAUCCCUAAGAUAGCCCUACCACGACCCCCAGUGAUCCCUAAGAUAGCCCUACCACGACCCCCAGUGAUCCCUAAGAUAGCCCUACCACGACCCCCAGUGAUCCCUAAGAUAGUCGCACCACGACCCCCAGUGAACCCUCGGGUACCACGACUGAUCAGUAAGCUGACCGAAGCAGUAUCAUCAGGUGUAGGUGUCAUGGCAGAAGUGGUAAAUGGACUGGCGAACGUCAUGCGUGGAGAGAUAGGAAAGACAAGACAAGGACAGAGGAAUCGUCAGAGAUUCGAGGACCCCAGCGAAACUGAAACCAAAUUGGACAAUGACACACGGCGGGAGAAGGAAGAGGACCUGGUGUACGUUGCAUACAACGAUCAACCCCCACUGGGCUACAGCGGAGCCUGGAAUGGUCACAGCAAAGGUUUAGUGAUAUUUGACGAGGAAAGCGGCGUCUGGAUUCAACACAGCAUACCAAGGUUCCUGGAUGUCUCGGCUGGAAGAUAUGUCUUCCCCGGGAACGCUCUGAGGAACGGCCAGACUGUCAUGUGCAUCACAUUUCCGACUCUCACCUCGGUCAAUAGCAUCGCUUCAUGA